AUGACCCUCCAACUCUACGGCUACCCCAUCUCCACCUGCACGCUCCGCAUCGCGACCGUGCUCAAGGAGCUCAACAUCCCAUACGAGUUCCACGUCGUUGACAUCUUCAAGGGCGAGCAGAAGUUGCCCGCCUACACCACCAAGGCGCCAUUUGGCUCUGUUCCCUACAUCGUUGACACCGAUGGUUUCACGCUCUUUGAGUCGCGCGCCAUCUGCCGCUACCUCGCGCUCAAGUACGAGAACGAAAACAACCGCAAGCUCCUCCCUUCGCCUUUCAAGGACCCUAAGGCAUACGCGCUCUUUGAGCAGGGCGCUUCGAUCGAGGUCACUAACUUCGACCCCUUCGCCUCUGGCGCUGUCUUCGAGAUCAUGUUCAAGCCGGCUUUCGGCGUCGGGGAAGCCGACCACGAGGCGGGCAAGGUGCUGCUCGCGCAAUUGGAGAAGAAGCUCGAUGUGUACGAGACGAUUCUGAGCAAGCAGAAGUACAUUGCUGGAGAUGAGCUCACGCUCGCGGAUCUCUUCCACCUUCCGUACGGAGCCAUGUUGGCCAAGAUUGGCUACGAUACGCUCGAGACGGGCGCGAAUGGCAAACCCAACGUUGCCCGUUGGUGGAAGGACAUCACGUCGCGAGCCUCCUGGCAAGCGCUCAAGGAUGGUGUAUCCGUGUAG